UUCUUCACAUACCUCAAGCUCCAAAGCAACUUGCUUAUUUUCAGAAGCAUUCAAAUUCUUUCUUUCUUUCUUUCAUGGUACCCAAUGGAGAAACCCUCGUUGGCUCAUAUUGCAAGGGGGACAAUGUUCACAAACCUAGUCGACUUUCCAUGGAAGGACUUCAAAGAACAUUAUCAGAUAUCUCCUUGGAACUGAGCAAAGAAACCUCUAGUAGUGAUCCAAAGCUCCCACCAAUAUCAGAGGUACAAGACUCAAAGUGUGAGUGCUGUGGCAUGUCUGAGGAGUGCACCGACGAGUAUAUAAAACGGGUGCGUGGUAAGUUCUUGGGGAAGUUCGUUUGUGGGUUAUGUGCAGAAGCUGUCCAGCAGGAGAUGGAGAAAAAUGGAGGCAAAAGAGAAGAAGCCUUAAAUGAGCACAUGAAUGUUUGUGUAAAGUUUAAUAGGCAUUUUAGGGUAAAUCCUAUCUUGCACCAAGCUGAGGCAAUGCGAGAGAUCUUAAAGAAGAGCUCAAGUAUUAAGAAUAGAGCCAAGUCCAUAAGCCCUAGAGAUAGUGGUAGUCAAAGGAAGGGUGGUAUUGCAAGGAGUUCCAGUUGUAUUCCUGCAAUAUAUAAAAAUGGAGAUCAACCACUAGGGAGUGAUUAAUUUGUUGUUCUUUCGUUUGUGUUUACCUUUAGGGAUCAAAUAAAAUCACAUUUUGUGCGAAACAUGCAUGAUGUAGGACUUUUUUUAUAGGGGGUUUGGGAUGAUGGGAUCUAGAACUUGACACCUGUUAGGUAGGUGAGUGACUUUAGCUAUUAAAUCAAACCAGACUAGGUUGCAUGAUGUAAGAUCUAAUAGGCUCAUAUCCAUAUGUUCCAUAUACAACAUGUAUCUAGACAAAAAUUGUUCAUAUUUUUAUUCAUCUCAGUGGUUUCUUGCUCUCCUAUAUUAUUCUUUAUCCUAAUGAAAAUCUGAUCAGCUCACCGCUGUCCCGUGAGGAUGCAAACAAGACUAUGAUUACUAAUCCACGCUU